AAGAAGAAAAUAUCUCUCUUUCUCUUCUGUCAUAUAAGAAGAAAGAAAUGAUAUAAGAGGAGGGGGACGGUGAUUAGACCAGAAUCGAAACCAACCACGCCACGCAUGCCUUUAAAUUCUAAAUUCACCAUAGUCGCCCGCCCUUGCUUUCGAUUCGAUCCCAAACACACUAACGGUUGGUAGCAAUGUCGACUCCGGCUAGGAAGAGACUGAUGAGAGAUUUCAAGAGAUUGCAACAUGACCCACCUGCUGGAAUCAGUGGUGCACCUCAGGAUAACAACAUCAUGUUGUGGAAUGCUGUUAUAUUUGGUAUAUGAAUGGAUAAGCAAUUUCUCUGCUUUCUUGUCUGCUUUGGAUUGCAGUCCUGAUGAUACUCCAUGGGAUGGAGGCACGUUUAAGUUGAGUCUUCAAUUUUCCGAGGAUUAUCCGAACAAGCCACCCACUGUACGAUUUGUCUCCCGAAUGUUUCAUCCAAACAUUUAUGCAGAUGGAAGUAUUUGUCUGGAUAUAUUGCAAAAUCAGUGGAGUCCUAUAUACGAUGUUGCUGCGAUUCUCACUUCUAUCCAGUCAUUGCUUUGUGAUCCCAACCCAAAUUCUCCUGCAAACUCUGAAGCGGCUCGAAUGUUCAGUGAGAACAAGCGUGAGUACAAUCGAAGAGUGCGGGAAGUUGUGGAGCAGAGUUGGACAGCUGACUAAGGUCAUCUUGAUAUGCUUGGCGGCCUGUGAAGGCAGGAAUUGGAUUGCAUUGCUACCUAUGACAGUCAUGCAAACUCAUUCCUUGUUAUGAAUGUUAGGUGAAUCUUAUCUUUAAUUCAUGGUAGUUUAUGCAUCUUCCAAUGUCAGUCCAUGUAAUAUAAAAUUGUAUCAAUGUUCCUGAUUGUUGUCAACAUGGCUCAAUGUAUAAGUUGUACUUGUCUGAAUUGGUUACGAUCACAAGGAUUAUUUAAACUGGGUUGAAUUCUGUUUACAUUGUAUAAUUUCCAGCUUCAAUGUUUGAUUGAUUUUUGUUUAAUAUGAAUGGAUGUUAGUUAAAA